CUGGAAUACUUGACUCCAUGGCACAGAAACACAGGGGAAGCAGGCUCCUCAUUUGAAGAUCUGGAAAGAGAAGAUCUUUCUGGAAUCAAACCCAUCCUGAAGGAGAUCCAGACACUGCCUGGGCUCCCUAAACCUGACCCCACCAUGGAUGAUUUUGAACGUCGCAGAGAACUCAGGAGGCAAAAAAGGGAGGAGAUGCGGCUUGAAGCAGAGAGAAUCGCCUACCAGAGGAACGAUGAUGAUGAAGAAGAGGCGGCCCGGGAACGGCGCCGCAGGGCCCGACAGGAAAGGCUGCGGCAGAAGCAAGAGGAAGAAGCCUUGGGGCAGGUGACUGACCAGGUGGAGGUUAACGCCCAGAACAGUGUCCCUGACGAGGAGGCCAAGCCAACCACCACAAACACUCAGGUGGAAGGUGAUGAUGAGGCUGCAUUACUGGAGCGCCUGGCUCGGAGAGAAGAGAGACGCCAAAAACGUCUUCAAGAAGCCCUGGAGCGCCAGAAGGAGUUUGACCCAACAAUAACAGACACCAGUCUGCUACCCCCAACCAGAAAAAUGCAAAAUGAUACAGCAGAAAAUGACACUGCAGAAAAAGAGGAAAAAAUAGAGAGUCGCCAAGAACGAUAUGAGAUAGAGGAAACAGAAAUAGUCACCAAGUCCUACCAGAAGAAUGACUGGAGGGAUGCUGAAGACAAAAAGAAAGAAGAGAAGGAGGAAGAGGAAGAAGAGAAGCCAAAGCAAGGGAGCACUGGAGAAAAUCAGGUAGAGGCAAUGGUAGAAGAAAAAACAACAGAAACCCAGGAGGAAACAGUGGUAACAGCAUUGAAAAAUGGGCAGAUCAGUGCAGAAGAGCCUAAACCAGAGGAAGAGAGGGAACCAGGCUCAGAGGAGAUUUCUCAUAAGGAAAAGAUGGAAGAGGAAGAAAGGGAAAGAGCUGAGGCAGAGAGGUUGAGGUUGGAAGAAGCAGAAAGAGAAAGAAUUAAAGCUGAGCAAGACAAAAAGAUAGCAGAGGAGCAGGCAAGAAUUGAAGCAGAAGAAAAAGCAGCUGCACAAGAAAGGGAAAGGAGGGAGGCAGAGGAGAGGGCAAAGAUUGAGGAAGAAGAGAGAAGGGCAGCCGAGGAGAGACAGAAGGCCAAGGCAGAGGAGGAAGAAAAGGCAAGGAUAGAAGAGCAAAAACGGAAAAAGCAGCUAGAGGAAAAAAAGAAUGAAAUACAAGAGACAAAGCUAAAAGGGGAGAAGGUAGAAGAAAAAAGACAAGGGAAAUGGGUAAAUGAAAAGAAAGUGCAAGAAGAUAAACUUCAGACAGCUGCUCUAAAGAAACAGGAAAAGGAAGAAGAAAAGGGAGCUAAAGGGCAAGCUCAAAGACAAAAGCCCCAAGAAGACAAGCCUACCUUCAAAAAAGAGGUAAAUAUCAAAGAUGAGAAGAUUAAAAAGGACAAGGAACCCAAAGAAGAAGUUAAGAGCUUUUUGGAUCGAAAGAAGGGAUUUGCAGAAGUGAAGUCACAGAAUGGAGAACUCAUGACCCACAAACUUAAACAUGCUGAGAACGCUUUCAGCCCCAGCCGCCCGGGAGGCAAGGAGGCCGAGGGUGCCCCACAGGUGGAGGCUGGCAAGCGGCUGGAGGAGCUGCGCCGCCGCCGUGGAGAGACCGAGAGUGAAGAGUUCGAGAAACUCAAGCAAAAACAGCAGGAGGCAGCCUUGGAGCUGGAGGAGCUGAAGAAAAAGAGGGAGGAACGAAAGAAGGUCCUGGAGGAGGAAGAGCAGAGGAAGAAGCAGGAGGAAGCUGACCGCAAGGCCAGAGAGGAGGAAGAGAAGAGGAGACUAAAGGAAGAGAUUGAAAGGCGAAGGGCAGAAGCUGCUGAGAAACGCCAGAAGAUGCCAGAAGAUGGCUUGUCAGAUGACAAGAAACCAUUCAAGUGUUUCACUCCUAAAGGUUCAUCUCUCAAGAUAGAAGAGCGAGCAGAAUUUUUGAAUAAGUCUGUGCAGAAAAGUGGUGUCAAGUCAACUCAUCAAGCAGCAGUUGUCUCCAAGAUUGACAGCAGACUGGAGCAAUACACCAGUGCAAUUGAGGGAACAAAAGCUGCAAAACCUACCAAGCCAGCAGCCUCAGAUCUUCCUGUUCCUGCUGAAGGCGUUCGCAAUAUCAAGAGCUUGUGGGAGAAAGGGAAUGUGUUUUCCUCCCCCACUGCGUCAGGCACACCAAAUAAGGAAACUGCUGGCCUAAAGGUGGGAGUUUCCAGCCGCAUCAAUGAAUGGCUAACUAAAACCCCAGAUGGGAACAAGUCACCUGCUUCCAAACCUUCUGACUUGAGGCCAGGAGAUGUAUCUGGCAAACGGAACCUCUGGGAAAAGCAAUCUGUGGAUAAGGUCACUUCCCCCACUAAGGUUUGAGACAAUUCAAGAAAGAAAGAACCCAAGCUCAAGACGCUGGACCAGCUCAGUUGUAGAGGGCUAAUUGCUCUGUUUUAUAUUUAUGUUGAUUUACUAAAUUGGGUUCAUUUUCUUUUGCUCUAUUUUCCAAUAUCUCAGUAAACCCAUGUAUAUGAUCACUAUAUUUAACAAUCACGUCUAGAGAUGUUCAUAUCAAAGUACUGCCUUUGCACAGGAGCCUGUUUCUAAAGAAACCCAUGCUGUGAAAUAGAGACAUUUCUACUGCUCAUUAUAACUCAUCUGAACAGUGAUGCCAACCACAUUGGAAGUCAACAAAAAGAGAUCCAAGGUUAAGAUUGCCUGAGGAAUGUGUGCAGUAUCUAGAAAAAUGAACCAUAGUUUUUUUUGUUUUGUUUUGUUUUUUAAUACAGAAGUCAUGUUGUUUCUGCACUUUAGAAUAAAGCAUGGAAGAAAUUAUCUAAGUAGGCAAUUGUAACUGUUUCUGAAAGUAACCCAUUUCAGAUUUGAUAUAUGGCAAUAAUGAUUGUCUUUUUUUAAAAAAAAAAAGAAGAGAUGUACUGUUAAGGUAUAACUUUUUUGUGUGCUGAUUCAUAUCUAAAUUGGAUUAUUAUAUUAGCUGACAGUGGUACUGAUUUUUUUUAGGUUGGUUGCUUUGUGGAUUUCUUUGAUAGUGAUAGUAUCCUGAAUCACAUUUUAGAUUACUCAAUUAUGUAUGUAUGUGCAUACACAUAUACAAACACAUUAAUGGUAGAAUGCUUUUUCAUGUGCUAGACUAUGAUAUUUAGUAGUAUGUCCUUUGUAACUAUCCAAUAUCACAGCUCCUUAAAAUUUUUAAAUCACAAUAUUAUAUUAAUAUUUCAUAUUUGCCAAUAAAAACAUGGCAGAUAAGUAUCAAUAUAUUGUCAAUGCCCAAUGCCCUGUAAGAAAACAUAUUGAAAAAAAGAUUAGAAGUGUCAAAAUGAGUUGAAAUUUUCUAUAAGACAUAGUAUUUAGUUUAUAAUUGAAGGCAAUCUUGAAGUCCAGUGUGAAUUUUAUUAAGUCUUCCAUCUGGAUCAAGCUCAAAGCCUACUUAUUUGGAACAACAAAGUUCACAAUAAGUUGGCCUACAUGGUACCUAAGGUGUCUUCCUUCUCUAAAAUUUAAAGAUAAGAAUUUCCAUGAACAUAUUGCAUAAAUUAGAGUUCCACAUAAAGGUCUAAACAAAGACCAACUUUGGCUCAUAUCUGGCAGCAGAGAAAAGUACAGUGAGUGAAAUCCAGUAGUUAGGAGACAUGACAGUACUUCCAUCUUUAUAUAUUCUGAAACAUUUUUAAUUAAACUUUUCUAUUUUAUUAUUCACUAGUACUUGUCAUAAGUUGAUAAUGUGCUGAAAUUUCAAAAGUAUAUGUUCAUUUUACUAGUUCCCGAAGAGUUCUUAUUGACUUACCAUUUUUACACACACAAUCCAGAUAUCAAAUCUUAUUUCAACCUGUAAGUCUUUAUUCUUUCCAAUAGAUGAUGAAAGAGUACAGCAGUAUCUUGUCAAGAUGUCCUUCUAUAGACAUAUAUAUACAGUGUCACUAUGUAAACUAAUACAUACCUCCACCAACUUCACCAAAAUUGUCUUAGUUUCAGUUCCUAAUCCACUAUGGGAGCCUCCCAAAUACCUAGCUCCUAAUCCACAUAUUUCCCAGAAAGAGCUAGCCAGAGCAGGGUUGAAGAGUAACCACUGCCUUCUAGAUUCUAUUUUCCUCAUAAAUCAGUAACAAUUAGUUGAGUCCCCUAGCUUUUAGCAAACCUGGGCCAAAGGAAUGAAAGCCACCAAGAUUGCACAAGUCAUUCACCCAUGACACAGUAGACAAAUCUACGAUAAGAAAACUUAGAAAGUACAUGAAGUACCCAUGUGUAAUGACUCUCAUCAUUGGAGUGAAAUGGAUCAAAGUUUGAAUUAAGGCCAAUGGUGAAGAACAUUGCUUUAUUAAUCUUUUGAACAAGAGCUUCUCCUGAUCGCUAUUAUGUAUUUUUCUAGAAAGUCUAAAGUUGAGAAGAGAAUGUAUCAAUCCUGACUUUUAUUCCAAUAUUUGGAUGGAAUAGGUUUUAGGGUAGAAGUUUGCUCAGUUUGAAUUUAAUCUUUGGAAAAACAAAUUCCUCAUUUACUUGUUGGAUUACAAUGCUCUGUUAUAUUUAAGAGAUAAAAUUACAAGCUGACUAGCAUGUUCUGUGAAUCUGCCAUUCUUAAAAAUGUUAUAAACACUUAAUAUUUCUCACUGAUAGCUGACCGCUGCAAUAGAAAUAUAUUGUGAAAAUGCAUCCACAAUAAAUGGAAUU